AUGUCAAAUCGUCCUACCGUCGGUAUCCUGAGCGCUGAUGGCUCCAGCAGCGGUCAAACUCACCCUCUGCCAGCUGUCUUCGGCUCUCCAAUCCGUCCGGAUAUCGUCCAGUCUGUCCACAGCGGGAUGGCCAAGAAUAAAAGACAACCCUAUGCCGUGAGCGAGAAAGCAGGCGAGCAAACUUCGGCUGAAUCUUGGGGAACUGGUCGUGCCGUCGCGCGUAUUCCUCGUGUCUCCGGUGGUGGUACACACAGAGCAGGUCAAGCUGCAUUCGGUAACCAAUGUCGAUCUGGUCGUAUGUUCGCCCCCACAAAGGUCUGGAGGAAAUGGCAUCAGAAGAUCAACUUGGGCCAAAAGCGCUUCGCAACCGCAUCAGCCAUUGCAGCCAGCUCCGUGCCCGCACUCUUGCUCGCCCGUGGCCACCGCAUCUCUACCGUCCCAGAAGUGCCACUCGUCGUCUCCAGCAAAGCAUUCGAAGACGCUGCGCUCGUCAAGACCUCCGCCGCCGUCGCUCUCCUGAAAGCCAUCGGAGCCGGCCCCGACAUCGUCAAAGUCCAAAAAUCCCGCAAACUGCGUGCCGGCAAAGGCAAGAUGCGAAACCGCCGACAUCGCCAACGCCGUGGCCCUCUGGUGGUCUACAACCCAGACACCGACGGCAGGGAACUCGUGCGCGCCUUCCGCAACAUCCCCGGCGUCGAGACCUCAUCUGUCUUCGCGCUGAACCUCCUCCAGCUCGCACCAGGUGGUCACCUCGGUCGGUUCAUCAUCUGGACCUCCUCUGCGUUUGCGGCCCUGGAUACCAUCUACGGCUCGACGACCGAGGCGUCCUUGCUGAAGAAAGACUUCCUCCUCCCCUCGAACCUCAUCAGCAACGCCGACAUCACCCGCCUGAUCAACAGUUCUGAAGUACAGUCCGUGCUCAAAGAACCCAAGGGCUACGCGACCACGAAACGCACGGGCGUCCAGAAGAAGAACCCGCUCCGCAACAGACAGGUUCUACUCCGCCUCAACCCUUACGCUGCCCAGUACUCGAAGGAGAAGUUAGGUCAGAAAGGCCUAGACGAGCACAAGCCGGAACGUGUUAGUGACAAGUUCUUAGAGGUGCUGUAUGAAAACUAG